AUGGUUGCCGUUUCAAUUCUUACUCUGGGAGCUCUGUUCGCACAGGCGCUGGCUUUGCCCGCUGUCACGGAGAGUGCCGUUGUGACUGCCCCCACUGCUGCCUCCACCUCCCUGCCGGUCGCUGAGUCCCAGCUUGACAGCUUGGCUGGAUUGGCAUAUGAUGCCGCCAUCGAGAAUGUCUCGAGCGACUCUGAUAUUGAGAAGCGCGGUGGUUGCUCGCUGAGCAGCAUGCGUGUUCGUCGCGACUGGAGGACUUUCACUCAGACCCAGAAGAAGUCCUACAUCAAGUCCAUCCUUUGCCUCCAGGAGUUGCCCUCGCUCACUCCCUCUAGCGCGGCUCCUGGUGUCCGGACUCGCUACGAUGACUUCGUUGCUACUCACAUCAACCAGACCACCACCAUCCACUACACUGGAACCUUCCUGGCGUGGCACCGGUACUACAUCUGGAACUUUGAGGAAGCCCUGCGCAACGAGUGUGGCUACACUGGCGACUACCCCUACUGGAACUGGGGUGCCGACGCCGGCAACCUGGAAAAGUCCCAAGUCUUCGACGGCAGCGAGACCUCGAUGUCUGGCAACGGUGCCUACGUCGAGAGCGAAGGUGACAUUGAGCUCAGCCUGGGUGCCUACCCCGUGAUCCAUCUGCCCACCGGCAACGGAGGCGGCUGCGUCACCAGCGGCCCCUUCCAAAACUACACUGUCAACCUGGGCCCGGUCACGCUGAUGCUUCCCGGAGGUGGAACUGAGGCCUCUGCCAACCCGCUUGCAUACAAUCCCCGCUGCCUGAAGCGCGAUCUGAGCACCCAGAUUGUCAAGGACUACGCUAACUUCACUGCGAUUGUGGACCUGAUCCUGCGCCACGACAACGUCUAUGACUUCCAGAUGAACAUGCAGGGUGUUCCUGGCAGCGGCAACAUCGGUGUUCACGGUGGUGGUCACUACUCCAUGGGCGGUGAUCCUUCCCGCGAUGUCUUCGUCAGCCCUGGUGACCCUGCUUUCUGGCUCCACCACGGUAUGAUUGAUCGCACCUGGUGGAUCUGGCAGAACCUGAACCUCCGCGAGCGUCAGAAUGCUAUUUCUGGCACUGGUACCUUCUUGAACGGCCCUGCUUCGCCUAACACUACUCUUGAGACACCGGUUGAUCUCGGUUUCGCUGGUGGCGAGACUGUUACUAUGAACGAUAUCAUGAGCACCGUUUCUGGUCCUUUCUGCUACGUCUAUCUGUAA